AUGAGCUCGGAGAAGAGACAAGAACGCCGUGAAGAAGAUAACGGUGAUGGACUCAGAGGGAUGUUGUCAACGGAAGCUGUGCGUACGGUAACGGAGGAAGAGGUGGAUGAGUUUUUCAAGAUAUUACGUAAAGUACACGUGGCGACAAGAACGGCUGCGAAAGUUAACGGCGCUGUCGAUGAACGAGAGUUACCGUCUAAGAAGAGGAAACGGAGUCAGAGCCUUGAGUUGAGACACGGUAACGGCGUUGGAGACGGAGAAUUCGAUGGAACCAAUCGUCUCGGUUUGGGUUUGGAUUUGAACUGUAAACCGGAACCCGAAGCCGUUAGUUUGUAGUCCUUCUUCGUAGUUUUAUUCAUCUUUCUUCCUAUUAAUUAAUUUUCAAUAUAACUAAAUAAUUUUUGACAAUAUAAAUGUUGUUAUAAUAAUGUCUUCAUAGUCAUGAGCAUAAAUCAUAAAGGCUACCAUCGAAGACCAUAGGUCUUUGUUUUAACAAUAAAAAAAAAGGAAGUUUGUGUUGGUAGUGAAAUUGUUACGUUGUGGUCCAUUCAUGUACUAUUAACUUGACUAUACUAUAUUAUACAUCUCCUAUAUAUUAAUUGAGAAGCAUUGGAACAUGUUUUGGUAACCACGUAUUAUCAUGAG